GGUCAAGACUUGAGGAGCUUGACCCGCUCACGAAAGAGGACUUCGCUUGGACUUCCCUCAACCGGAACCUUGCCAAGGCCGCAUUGCAACGCCUCAAUGGCAAACCUACGCUCCUAUUUGCACACUACAAUACCAGCUCCGUUGACGGACGACGGGGUAGCGGUUGUCGAUCUCCGCUCCUAUCUUGCGAAGAUUGACCGCGAGUACGCCACCCAAAGGUACGCCGAAACCGACGCGCCUUUGCUCUAUAUCCGCAUUCAAAUCGGAAAGGCAACAUGUAGUGCCUUGAUUGAUUGCGGAGCAUCUGGCAACUUCAUGAGCCAAGCCUUUAUGGCCCACGCAGGCCUUAGCCCGCGCGUUCGAAGGAAGACGCAACCUACGCAAGUUACACUCGUGGACGGCCACACGCAAAAGUCAAUUGACCGAUGCGUCGACGACGUUCCGGUAUACUUUGCGCCACUUGCGUGCGAGCCGGUGUCUUUUGACAUCCUCGGCACCAAGUUCGACAUGAUUUUAGGCAUGUCGUGGUUGCGUAGCGCCGAUCAUCCGGUGAACUUCCACGACCGGACAGUUCACAUCCGUGAUCGGAACGGAGUGUUAGUCCCAUGUACGGUCGCGACCCCUCACACUUCGAUUGCUUGUCACGUGGUUUCCGUUGCGAGAAUUCGCGAUGCCAUAGCUCGGAAUGACGUCGAGGAGAUGGGCCUUGUAUUCUUGCAUGCUCUUCCCUCGUCGGACGGACCAGCCACGCCACCGCCGAACCCACACAUUUCUCACCUCUUGGACGAGUAUAGAGACGUCUUCGAGGCUCCCACCGGAAUGGUUCCGGAUCAGCCCAUACGUCACGUGAUCACUCUCGAGACUGGUGUCGUCCCUCCGCGUGGAUGUAUUUACCGCAUGAGCGAAGAAGAACUCGAGGUGCUUCGCGCACAACUCGAUGACCUUCUCGACAAGGGUUGGAUUCGCCCUAGUUGUUCGCCUUACGGUGCCCCUGUUCUCUUCGUUCGGAAGAAGAACAAAGAUCUACGGAUAUGCAUCGACUAUCGGAAGCUUAACGCACAAACCGUAAAGAACGCCGGCCCUCUCCCUCGGAUUGAUGAUCUCCUUGAGCGGUUAGGCGGCGAGACGUACUUCUCGAAGUUGGACUUGAAGUUGGGCUACCACCAGAUUGAAAUCCAGCCUCAAGAUCGGUACAAGACCGCGUUCAAAACGUGGUACGGGCAUUUUGAGUGGGUUGUCAUGCCAUUUGGCCUCACCAAUGCCCCCGCGACUUUCCAAGCAGCUAUGACGACUGAGUUUCGCGACUUGCUCGAUCGCAGCGUCCUCAUUUACCUCGAUGACAUCUUGGUUUAUAUUUGCCACCGUAACAAGGGUCGAUCUCGAGUCCCCUUCGGCGAACUGAAACCGUUGUCGAUUCCUCGGGCACCGCGCCUCUCCAUUGCUAUGGACGUGACAGGCCCAUUCCCCCGCGAUCACCUCGGCCAUGACGGUAUUCUCACGGUUGUUGACCGUUUGAGUAAGUAUGCUCGCUUUCUUCCUUACAAGUAUCAUGGUGCAGCACCUGAGCUCGCACGACUCUUGCACACCGGUUGGAUUACCAACCAAGGUGUUCCGGAAGACAUAGUGAGCGACCGAGAUGCUCGCUUCAUGUCGGCCUUUUGGACUUCCCUUAUGGCUGAGUCCGGUACGACAAUGAAGCCGAGCUCGGCUCGGCACCCGCAGACGGAUGGCGAGACGGAGCGAGCACACCAGACCGCUCAGAUGAUGUUGCGUACGCUCAUCCGUCCCGACCAGAAAGAUUGGGUUGACCGGCUUCCCGACAUUGAGUUCGCCUACAACACUUCGGUGCAUCCGGCGAUCUGCGUCACACCAUUCGAGCUUCAUCAUGGUGGAGAGAAAGCACGGAUCUUCGUUGAUCUCCUUCUGCCACAGGCCGCCGACAUAGACGUCCCUUGCUCUCCCGCUUUCGUUCGGAAGUACGGGGACUUGCUGAUCAAAGCCCGCGCGAAUAUGCAAAAGGCUCAAAUCCGCAUGCAGCAGCAAGUUAACCGACGUCGACUUCCAUGUCCUUUCCGCGAGGGAGACCUUGUUUGGGUCCUCUYCGAGGAAUUUGCGCUCGAGCAGGACGUUUCGCGUAAACUCCUCCCGAAAUGGUUCGGACCAUGGGAAGUCACUUCUGCCGUUGGAGACGAUCCCGCAGGUCCUUCCUUCGUGAUCAACAUUCCACCGCACCUGACAGUGCAUCGAGUCUUCCACGCAUCGAAGCUGGCCAUCUACACGCCACCUUCAAAUGACGAGUUUCCCGGACGUCGAUCACAGGAUCCGCCCUCCAUGGACGGACAUCAGGAAGUGGACCGAGUCAUCACGCACCGCAAGUAUGGCAACAAGCCAAGGCAGUACAAAGUCACAUUCAAGCAAUGUGCGCCUGAUGACACUCGGUGGAUCUCUAGUGCAGACUUGCAGACUUUUGCACCCCUUAUCUUCACCGACUAUGAGAAGCGACGCCUUGCUAAGGAAGCAGCUCGUCCCGCCCGACCCACCCCGGUAUCGGACAGACAACUCCGCCCUCGCAGCGUGAAACGUUCUUCAUCAAACCAUGUGCCGGCGUUGAGAAGAAGGGAUCGGGAACAGCUCGCAGUCGCAGUCAUGGCUACGACAGGGAGGAUGGCAGAGGAUGCUUUUGACAUUGUGGACAGCAUAUGCCAUAAGAGGACGCUGAGUCUCCAGGGUUUGCUCAAGAGCGGCAACGAAGGCCUCCUCUUGGGCAACGAUGAUGCAGAUGAUGAUAGCCGUGGGGGAYGGUCUUUGCUUUGGCUGUGGCCCACUAUUGUUGAUGUCUGCAAGCUGUUGCCCCCUGCUUCGCCUAGGUGGUGGGUCAUGCGGCGAACAGAUGGGCUGUGGAAGGAUCUCCUUCCGUGUGAUGAUGCGGAGGAUGACCACUACUUGGGUCUGUUACGCAUGCGGCGGUCAUCAUUCAACCGUCUUUUGCGGAAGGUCGGUCCCCUCUUGGAGAAGGAGGUGACAAAGUUCAGGGUCCCUUUGGAUCCUGCGAAGAAAUUGGCGUACGCUCUCCACAGGUGGGCGCACGGUGACUCGCAUUGGCAUACUUGUUCCGGCUACGGUAUGGGCAAAACCAGUGGACUUCGAGCCAUCCGAGAGGUGGCUGAUGCCAUUAUCACGUGUUACCGGAACAAGGUCGGGUUUGGGGGUUUUGCGGAACGUCAUCGUAGAAUGCAGUUGUUUGACGCGUUGGGCUUCCCGAACUGUUGGGGGUGCAUAGACUGCACCCACGUUUAUAUGGACAAGCCGCGCACGAGGGAUGGGGAUGACUAUUGUUCGGGAAGAUUCAACAGGUUCUCCAUUGUAGCACAGUUGGUGGUGGACUCGGAACUGAAGAUCCUGGACUUCUGCUAUGGAUUCCCAGGGACUGUUGGUGAUGGACGCGCGUUGAAGUCGACAUCUCAGUACAGGCGCGGUCUGCAAGGUUCUCUGUUCUUGGACGACCCCGCUGAUCCUUUCGCUGGUGAGAGGCCGGCAAUUGCAGGUGUCCCUGGCGGGUACUUGCUCGCCGAUGGUGGGUAUCCCAGUCUACCAUGGAUCGUCACUCCUUACGGCCAGCAACCGAAUCUCACAACUGCCAUGCGACAGUUCGAUGCACUCCACAAGAUAGUGAGAUCUUGCAUGUCCCUCGAGAACAUUCACGCUCGGAGAUGGGCAAGUUCCGUUCUCAAGAGACUUCGUGCUUCAAGGGAUAGUCUGCGACAUUGCUGCGACGAACUUGUCAUCCACAACCUCCAGAUCCGACGAGAUAACGACGAGUGGAGACGAAUGUGGAUGGAGAGCCGAGUGGAAGUACGGGACACUACCCGAGCCUUGCAUGCUGCAGUUCGAGACAGGGACAAAGCUCGGUCGAGGUGCGAGGCGGCAGAAGCGGACGUGCAAGUGGCACGUCAGCAGGCUGAAACCGCUUGGAGGUUCUACGAUGACAUUGUGCGUGGAGUGGCGAUGAGGACUGUUGGUGACAACGAUUUGUGUGACGAAUUCGAAGCUCUUCGCGUCGGUGGAAAGGGAAAAGCUGCAGGCACCUCAUCAGCAACAAAGGGUGGACAUGGGGCCACAUGUUCGUGUUGCGAGGAACUGAGUGGCAGGAUGAAAAUGAUGGAGAAAGAGAUCGCACAUCUUCAGAUUAGUAACGAGCUUCUCAGGACGCGACAACAAGAAACACGAAGAUGGCAAGGCUCAGACAGUGAGUGCGAGACAACAAGAGCCAAACUAAGGAGUCACGGAGGCGGUAGGCAACGACAGCGCGACAACAGCUACAAGCAUAGUGAUGGUGAGUCGAUCAGCGGAUGGGAGACAACAUGAGCGGGGCGGCGGAGGGGGUAGGUGGCUAAGGGGAGAUCGACAGUAGCUGAGGCGGCAGCGGCUACGGACGACCACCAGAGAAGGAGGAGGCAAGGUAUGAGCAGGCAUCAGGGACAACGAUGAAGGAGCGAGCAAUAGCAGCGAGCGAUA